AUGCCACAGGAUAGCGUGGGGGUGCCAUGCAGCACGCAGCUGACCAUCGGCGAUGUGGUGAUUCCGGUGCCGGACUACGCAGUGAACCCUGAACGAGUGGUCUGGGCCACUCCCGGCGUCGAUCACACCGCGCCGUACCUUCAAUCGAUGGCUGUGGUCGACUCGCAGGCGGGAGCCAUGAACCCCACCGGCGGCGUACCCUCCUUGAACGACGGUGGAUUGGCGGAGGCGAACAUGUUCUUCACCGUGCAGGACCCGCUCACGCGGAGAUACCUCCGCUGGAUCGCGCAGAAGGAGCAGCUAGGGCAGGACAUGUGUCUCAUCGGUGACCCCGGCCCCGCCAUGCGCUGGCUGGUGCUGCUUUACAGCCACCUCACUCGCCGCGAGAUCCGAGUCGUUUACCUCCACAGCGACAUCACAGAAAGCGAUCUGAAGCAGCGUCGCGAGAUUCGAAACGGCAACCUCAUCUACGACGACCAGAGCGCCGUCUCGGCGGCCGUGGAGGGUCAGCUGUUGGUGCUAGAGGGUUUGACACGGGUGGAGCGCAAUGUGCUGCCCGUGAUCAACAACCUCCUGGAAAACCGUGAGAUGCACCUUGACAACGGCUCCGUUCUCAUUCACCCGGCGCGCUACGACUCGCUGCUGCAGACACUCUACGAGUCAAAGCACCAGCAGAAGGGCCGUCAGCUGCACAGCACAGGGGAUGGUGUGCCGAACGCCGAGCUGAUUGCGGAGGCGAAGCGUGAGCUGGCUGCGAUGGGUCUGGUGCGCGUUUCUGAGAAGUUCCGCGUGAUUGGCAUUACGGUGCCGGUGCCACCGUAUGAAGGCAACCCGCUCGACCCUCCGCUGCGCUCGCGCUUCCAGUGCCUGUACGUCCGCACGCCGAUGCCAGUGGUGAUGCCAUCGUCGUCUGUGAUGAGCGCUGCUGGCGAGAGCAGCAACGACCACAAGCGGGCGAAGAAAGUGGCAGAGCUGGAAGAGCGGCAGUCGGCCCGCUUCGCACAGGUGGUGCAGCUGCGCGCGGCCAUUACCGCCAUCAACGACUCCACGCGCGAUUUCCAGCUAAGCAAGCCAAGCAAGAGGAAUCCUGCCUCAGCGGCGCCGGCGCGUGUCCGUGAUAGGAACCCGUACGCCCCCAUUCACUAUAGCGGUGACAUGGCAGAGCAGCCCUUCAGGGAUAGCGCUGACGCCGCCACGAGUGAGGAUGACGCGGACAGCGUCAGCGGCAGCGGCGUUGCGGCGACGAGCAGUCCUCUGCAGGCUCUAGGCAGCUGGGCCCUCGCCACCAUUGCCCAGCAGCUCGCCAUCUUCCCUGAUAUACCGGUAGGCGAGGCUGUCAUGCGGGGCUUUCCAUGGCCUUACUACGCCCGCCAACUCACCCGCAGCGGCGCAGGUGGCGGGACGACGGGGUACGCGAAUCUCGAGGAGUACCACCGCCGGUUGGCGCAGUACGCAGAGGUGCUUCAGCAUUGCCACGUGUAUCCACCUUUGCUGCUCGCAGCUGACCUCGCCACCAGCAACGCGCAUUCUCACCGCUCCAGCAGUGAGAGUAGUGGGCUAAAUGCGCCGCAUGGCCACCAAGUGCGCGAACCACCCUCCAAGAGGUCGCGUGUGAGUGAAAGACUGCGCGCUCUCGUGCAAGGGCAAGACGUAGAGUCAGCGGAUGACGAGCCCCGCGGCGCAGCGGCAGCGCGUGCCUACGUUCGUUCGGCCCAGCUCGUGUCGGCUGCCGUGACGACCACCAGGGUUCCAUUGACGGUGCAGCAGACUUGCAACUAUAUCCUGGAGUACCGGAACGUUACAUCCACCACGGCGUUCUCCGGUGUGCCGGUUGCUGUGGCAGAGGCGGUGGUGGCGACUGCUGCGCACAGCUUAACGCAUCCCGGGCAGUCGGGAACGUACCUCCUGAAGGUCUUCAUGGGAGCUCAGGCGCUCUCCUCACGCGGGCCCCUCGACGCGAGUGGCAAUGCUGGGUGGGACGUCGCGGAGCACCUCAGCACCACGGCUGCGCCCUCCACGGUCUUCACAACAGAGCACUACCACAUCCUGCAGACGAUGCUGCAGGUGCACGCCAGCCGACAGCACAUCUGUCUGCUCGGCCCCACUGGCUGCGGGAAGACAGCCAUGGUACGCGCGUUUGCGCGGCUGCUGGGGUACGGACUUGCGUCGACGAUGCACCUGUACGUGGACAUGACGCACAAGGACCUCUUCCAGCAGCGCAUGACGGACCCCAAGACGGGCAACACGACGUGGCAGGACUCGCCACUGCUGCACGCUGCCAUCUACGGCGAGCUGGUCGUGCUGGAUGGCAUGGAGAAGCUGCCGAGCGGCAUGCUAUCAUCCUUACAGCAGCUCCUCGUGGACCAGAGCGCCGUCCUGACUGACGGCACAAUCUUGAAGUCGCCGAUGGAGUAUAACCUGCUAAAGGAGAGGUUCACCGAGCGCGACCCGAGUACCGGAGCGGUGGUGUGGCAACCGACGGAUGCGGAGAUGCGGGAGCGGAAGAUCUUCCCGGUGCACCCGUGCUUCCGAGUGGUGGCAACGGCACGUCCGCCACUACCCGUCAGCGGCGGUGCGGCCGGAAGCCGAGGCGCGAGGGACUUCUUCAUCACACAAGACCUCACAACCCUGUUCCGCAUGGUGGCGAUGCCGGACGGCGGCGAGGACGCGAUAGGACCGGUGCUGCGGCAAGUCGCCCAGGCAGAGGCACGACUGCUGGAGGCAGAGGCGUGGCGGAAGCAAGAGGCACCGGUGGCGGCCCAGCAGCGCAUUGAGGCUGUUGUGGAUCAACUUAUCCAGUUGCGCAAUGACCUGGAGGAACUUCACAGCACAGAUGGCAAGAUGCCGCAACUCAGCCUCCGGCAGCUGCGCCAUCUCGUCCGUUCUGCCGUGCGUUACCCAUCACGUAUCGAGGAGAGUGUGCGCAACACACUGCUGCUGCCGCUGAUGACAGGUGUCGCCGCUACCAAGGUGCGGCACGCGCUGGAGACCUGCGGGCUUGCACAGCCGAGCGUCCGUGCGGCGACGGGACGCGGUGACGCAACGUCAGCAUCACCGACUGCGAAGGGUGAAACUCUUGUGGCUGCAGAUGACGCCUUCCGCACCGGCGGAGAGUCUUCGAUAAGCUCGAGUCGACUUUGGAACGUGAAUGGCGAGCCUGUGCUGCUGCUUUCUCGCGUGUACACACAGGCGGAGCUGGCCCUGGUGCCGUAUGUCACCGGGUUCCAUGCGAAUCGAGUACACGAGUCGAUCUUGGCCUGGCUGGCGAAGCAGUACGCCAUGGGCAGUAACAUCCUCCUCAUCGGCAACCAGGGCGUAGGGAAGAACAAGGUGGUGGACGCCUUUCUCUCGCGCCUCGGCAUCCCGCGGCACUACAUCCAGCUGCACCGUGACACGACCGUGGGCAGCUUGACGAUUAACCCCACGGUAGAGGCCGGCAAGGUCGUCUGGGAGGACUCACCGCUGGUGAAGGCGGUCCAGCGUGGUCACUGCCUUGUGGUGGACGAGAUCGACAAGGCACCGGUCGAGGUGGUGCAGGUGCUGAAGGGCCUGAUCGAGGACCGCGAGAUGCGACUCGGUGAUGGGAGGCAGAUCUACGAUCCAGCGGUGGAACCGCACGCAACAGCGGCAGCAGCAGGGGCGGCAGGGACGACGCAGCGCAUCGCCAUUCACCAGGACUUUCGCAUUAUCGUGUUGGCCAACCCGCCAGGCUUUCCGUUUCACGGCAACGACUUCUUCCGCGAGUGUGGCGACCUCUUCGCUGCAUAUGUGAUGGGCAACCCGGAUGCGGAGUCGCAGCUGCGCGUCUUGACUGCCUACGCGCCAACCCUGCCGCGGCCGUUACUCGAGCGCCUCGUUCUGGUCUUUCUCGAACUGCAGAGCGCCUUCACGCAAGGGAACCUGACCUACCCCUUCUCGCUCCGCGAGCUGAUCGCGGUGGUGAAGCAUAUGUCGCGCUAUCCGCAAGACGGAGUUUACGAGGCACUCAACAACGUCUUCAACUUCGACGCCCGUGACGAGAACACGCUGCGGGUGGUGCGCCAGGUGCUCGCCAACUACCUCCAGCCAAUGAUUCAACAAGGUGGUCUGCAGCAGCUCAAGCCGUACAAGGCAGGGCAGCCGACGCCCCUGCUUCCCUUCAAGGAGCUGGUGACGCUACCCAUGACAGCGAUGGCCACGACGGCGACGGCGACGACUGCUGCUGCUGCGCACUUUUCCGCUCUCGUCUGCCUCCCAGCAGAAAUGACGCUCAGCGAGCACAGCUUCCUGUCACGCAUUGUGGAGGCGGAAGAGGAGGCGGCUGCGGCACGGCCACAGGGCAGUCGCGAGAGCGGCACAACGGCAGCGUUGUGGAGCACAACGUAUCCCACAGAGUCGUUCUUCCCUGCCUCUCCAGCGACGUCCUCUGCCGGCGCCGCCUCAUCCACCGCAGAGGCCUUUACGGAAUGGGCAAGCCACUUUACCCUGCCAUUCGUGAACCCCAGCACCGACACGGUUGUUGCCAUGACUUCUGUGACGGCUGUUGGCGGCACCGAUGCGGAGAUGGAGGCGGUGACACUGCCGCUGCUCUCGGUCUUGCUGCUUCGCCGCGCGUCCGGAACGGACGGCAGCGCCGGCACGAGUAAAUCGUCGCCCAGCGCAGCAGCGCUGCGGUUGAUUGUAGCGACAGUGCGCCUGCCGCCUUCCUCCAUAGAGGCUCGUUACUUGGUCGCCGACAAGGCGGAGGAACUGGCGACGCUCUGGCCGGUGGGCCACGUGCGGUUUGCUGAUGUGUCCUCGCCGUACGCCACGGAGCUGGCGGCAGGGGCCUCACACCUGUCUUCGCUUUUCCGAUUUACUGCUUUCACCUUGUCUGCAGAGGAGCUUUCUUGGAGCACCGGUGACGGCGAGGUGGCUGACACCGUGGGGCAGCAGCAGCAGCACCGCCGUGUCUGGCCGCCGUCGCUGGCGACCUGGUCGCAGACGACGGGUGCGCGGAGGUCUCUGCUGCGCAAGAGCGACGGGGCUGAAUGGGCCGCCGAGCGCAUUCCGCAGAGUGUUGUGCUGGUGUCCUCUAACAAGACAGGCUGCACGGCGCUGAUUGACGUGCUGGCGGGUGCUGCCUCGGACUUGUACAUUACGCGUAUCGGCGUCGCAGGAGGAGCAAUGGCAGCAGUGGGCAAGACACCCUGCGCAGAAACCACCAUGUCUCUCGGACCUAUUUUGCCGCUUCACCUAGACCGGUGCUUGAGCGCUGCAUCGGCGCCGCCAGCCGCGCAGGCAGGUGUCCGUGUGCUUGACGUGAGUCCCCGCCACGGUGUCUUGUGCUUUGCCGCCGCCUCGUCCACCACAGGGGAGCUCCUUUUCCUCCUCCAAGGGCGAGUCGUGAGGGUGAGCUUCCCACAGCCGGUGGCGUCGCUGCGGUUCGUGGGCAGUCGAUUGGCGAUGGUGGAGAUGGAGGCGGCUGCUGUCGGUGACGUCUGUGACACGUCGCAACGAAGGCCACAUCGCCGCUCUGGGGUUGUGAAGGUUUCGGUGGCAGCCGACGGCAGCGCUCAUGCAACGAUGCUGCCUCUCUCGCCGGAUACGCAAUGUCUGGAGCUCGUGGAGGCCCCCGCGGUUGCUGCAGGUGAUGAUGGGCCCACGGAGUACCUCUCUGCAAGCGACCGGAGCAGCGCGUCGCAUGGCGUCCUUGUCCCAGCAGACUUGCAGGGGUCGGUGUGGCGCAUCGCUGCUGCCGAGGGGUUUUCAGCGAGCACACCGCCAUGCACGGAUGGAGCCUCCAAGACCGACAAGGACGACCCAGCCGGUCGCAACGUCGUCUACGCUCGCGUUGAGGGCACCGCAGAGAGCGGGCUGCAGCUGCGCUACUAUAAGAGUAAGACCGGUUCUGCCGCCGCGAGCGCCGCCUUGCCCGCCCUCACCACCCUUGUUGACGACGCACGCCAUCAGCUUCUUCACAUCCACCCUGACGGCCGAACGGUCUCCGUGAUCGACACGCAACACGCCACACAGCGCACAUUUGCCAGCGCCCCUGGGGAGGCAGUCCAGGCGGCUUCUGCGUCGCCUUGUGCUGCUGCAGCUGCAGAGAACCGCUGGUCCCUUGACAGCCGCAGCGGCACUGUCUACGCGUGGCAGUCGACGUCACGGCAGCUCUCCGUUGCUGAUGUGGAUGGUGAGCGCGUGCGGCAGCGGUACUCAGAAUGGUCGUCACUGCUCACCGGCAACGCGGAGACUGUCGGCGACGCUGCCACUGCCGAGGAGGGCGAGGAGGACGUGAAAGACUUCAAGAUGAGGUACAGCACGCCGCGCAAGCAGCCUUCUGGCACCUUGAAGCACGGCGAGAUCGACGACAAGGAGCACCACGGCGGCAACACGUGGGCCGGCGGCACGGGCGGCACAGACACUGCGGGGCUUGGAGGGAUUAUCGGGCCCUACCGUCUCGACAAGGGCAACCCUGUGCAUCAGGUGUCGCCCGAGGAGAAGCGCAAGGUGCCGAAGCACCUGCUGGAGGAGGCGAGGCGGAUGGGCCGCAAGGCGCUCAAGGAACGCCUGCAGUCGAUCGGCAUGUCCGAAGAGGAGUACGAGCAGUACAAGGGCCUGCAGGAGCGUGUGCAGCCGGCGGUGGCGCAGCUGCGGACGCUUUUGAUGGGGCUGAAGGCUUCCGAGGGCGAGCGGGUGUGGAUUACAGGGCAGACGGACGGCGUGUGGGAUGACAAGAAGCUCGUUGAGGGGAUCGUUGGCGAAAAAAAUGUAUACAAGCGCCGCGUCGACUCGAAGGAGACGAACCCGUUCCAGCAGCAGCACAAGAAGCGGCUGGUCUUUGUGCUAGACGUGAGUGCGAGCAUGUACCGCUUCAACAGCAUGGAUCAGCGCUUGACCAAGUUGCUCGAGACGACCAUCAUGAUCAUGGAAGCCUUUGCCGGGUUCGAGUCGAAGCUGGACUACGCCAUGAUUGGCCACAACGGCGACAGCGACAACAUCCCUCUCGUUAACUUCGGCGCCCCGCCUGCGAACCAAAAGGAGCGCAUGAUCAUCUGUCAGAAGAUGUUGGCGUAUGCGCAGUACUGCUGGUCCGGGGACAACACCGUCGAUGCGAUGCGGCGGAGCAUUGAGCUGGUGACAAAGGAGAAGGGCGACUCGUAUUUUGUGUUUGUGAUCAGCGACGCGAACCUGCGCCAGUACGGCAUCACGCCGCGCGAGCUGACAGCGAUCAUUCAGAGCAAGCCGGAGGUGAAGAUGUUCUGCAUCUUUAUCGCCACGCUCGGGGCGCAGGCGUCGCACCUGCAGCAGCAGCUGCCGGCGGGACAUGGGUAUGAGUGCAUGCGAACCGAUGUGCUGCCGCAGGUACUGCGUCAGAUCUUCACCUCCGCGAAUUUAUUCUGA